CGACAAAGAUCCACUUGUUGUGUCCGUUUUUAAAUUUGAAUUUUUAAAAUCUUAAAAUUUUUAUUUUUCCCAAUUUUUAAAUUCAAAUUUAUUGAAAUAUGGCCCAAAUGGAUUCCCAAAGCAUCCACCGCCCUCCGUUUUUCAAUGGUCAAAACUAUUCUUAUUGGAAAAUGCGGAUGGAAUAUUUCAUUCAAUCAAUUGAUUUUGAUUUAUGGUUGAAUGUACUUCACGGGCCAUUUGUGCCGAGUAUUGACACUAUGGGAAUUCUUUCGGCUGUUGGGAAGGAAAGGGAGAUAGUGAGGGAGUCAAAAAGAACAAAGAUGAUUGUGAUUACGUUGGAGGCCGAAGGACAAAGGUUGGAUGUUACUUUAUUUGGUGAGUAUGUUGACGUGCUUAAAAGCUUCUUUCGACACACGCCGUUGGAACAUGCGGUGAUAGUCAUUCAGUAUGCUAAGGUCAAGAUGUUUCAAGAGGAUGGAAGUUUUGAAAAUCCAAAAGAGUUUGAUGACCUCUUGCUUGGGAAGACGUAUAUUUUCAAAGUUGAGUCUUUGAAGGAUUGCACGGAGGAUGGAGAGUAUGCAGUCUACGGUACCAUCAAAGGUGUGGAUGGUGGAGCUGAUUGGUUCAUACCAACGUGUAGGUGUGGAUCGGAAGUGAUUCCACGGAAUGGCUUUUACUACUGCAGCGACUGUAAAAAAUGUGUUGUGAACGUGAUUCCAAGGUAUCGAAUUAAGGCAAGAGUGAACGAUGCAUCAGAUAGUGCGACUUUUGUGAUAUUUGAGAGCCUUGGAUGUUUGUUGUUGCAUAAGUCCUGCUCCGAGAUGCUGAAAUUCUGUGAGGUAUCUGCACUGGAAUCUGUGAUAACAAAAGUUGGAAAAGUUGCAGAGGAAACUAUUGUAAACUUGAUUGAGUUGUUGAUGAACCAGCUGCUUAAACUGGACGGUAUUAUUACCAGUGAAAGCCAUGUUAAAUCCCAGAGAAAAUUCCAGGUAGAAAGAGUGCAAAAGUGUGUUGAGACUCUGGACGUGUUGAAGAUGAAGAAAACAAUGCUGAAUAAGAGCAGCGAAGAACCGGCUCAGAAAACCGCAACUGGACCAGCCGUGGUGAUCACCACACAAUAUUGACGUGUUGACGGGUUCAUUUUGGACGGGAGGGGUAAAGCUAGAUGCUUCAGUAUGAACACUGACGUGUUCAUUAUUGUUGCCUUGUCCGUGGGCAGAUUCUUGACUCAUUCUACAAUAACAGAAAUUCCUUUAU